AUGCCUCACGAUACAUUCAACCCGACUAGCCUGUGGGCCAACUCGACCGGACUGGUCGUUGCCAUCAUUGUAUGUCUGAUGACUGCUGCCUUCAGCCGCUGGUUUGUCUCGCCCGCCCCGAAAACGCCAAAGGCACGCAAGAGCCUGACUUUCCGGGUCGACGACAUCCCAAACGACGAUUACGACGACUUCGAUCAGAAGUUGAUAUCAGUUGCCAAGCAGGAUCCGGCUUUACACGACAUUGCCAACACAUUUGUUCGUCGUUCUUUGAGCCGCAAGGACAAGACCUCUUUUUGUGCGACGGUAUCGGCCACAACGGAUCUAUCGGGAAAAGAGCUGUGUGUACGAUUAAGUCAAGCGGGAAAGAGCUACCGAUACAGCUUUAGUUGCGAUUUCAGUGGUAUAACACCCCUAUUCGAGGAUGAAAAUGGCGCAGCCGUGGAUAUUGUCGCGGUACCCGGUCUCGGAAGUCAUGCUCUCGGUUCUUGGAAAUCACCCACCGGCGAUGAAGUUUGGUUACGCGAUUUUCUACCGAAGGAUAUCCCCAACAUUCGAGUGUUGCUCUACGGCUACGACACAUCACUACCAGGCAGCCUUUCCAAGCAGUCAAUACAGGACUUGGGCAAAAUGCUGUUGGAACACAUUGCCGCCUUCCGCGCGAAUGAUGGGACCACACGCCGGCCGCUCAUCUUCAUUGGCCAUAGCCUUGGCGGACUUCUCAUCAAAGAGGCACUUAUUCGCGCUGGCAAACCGCAGAGUGAGGCAAUUGCUGACCUCUCUUUUGCGUGUUAUGCACUGUUGUUCUUUGGUGUUCCCAACCUCGGCCUGCGCAAUGACCAGCUCAGAACCCUUGUUGAGGGUCAACCAAACGAAGCUUUAAUUCAGGACCUCCUUGUCGAUAAUGACUCAGAACCAUCGACCUUUCUCAAAAGACUAGCCGACCAAUUCUCUGAGAGCUGCAAGAACCAAUAUCGCGUGAUAUCCUUUUUCGAGCGCAUGCUCAGUCCAACUCUAAUGCGUGACAAUCAAGGCAAUUGGCAAAAGAAUGGUGAACCUUCUUUGCUGGUCACAGAGAAAUCUUCCACCGCCACAGACUUGGUAGCCGUGGCUGAUCAAGAUAGCAUACCCCUCAACACGGACCAUUCAGGCCUCGUUAAAUACAGCUCCAAAAGCCAGGGCGAGUAUACCAUUGUGAGAAUGAGAAUCGGGGAUUGCGUCAAGAAGGCGGAGAAAAUUGUGACUGAACGAUUUGACUAUCACAGCUUUGAUCAGGCACCUUCGAAAAAUAGGGAAGAAUGUAUGAAAUCACUGGCCUUUGAAGAAUUACAUAGUCGACACAAUGGUAUUGAACUCGCUGCACACGGAACAUGCCAGUGGCUCCUGGAACAUAAGAAUCUCCUAGAAUGGAAACGCUUCUGCAAAGACAUGCUGUGGAUCAAGGGGAAACCCGGGUCUGGCAAGUCGACCUUGCUAAAGUUUGCACUCGAAAAGGUCCCGCCACUCUGCGACGCAAAAACUGUUGUGAUUUCGUUCUUCUUUCACGGCCGUGGCUACGAAUUACAACGGUCGCUGCUCGGCCUCUUUCGGUCCCUGCUAUAUCAACUGCUGGACAAGGUGCCCGGCGCGCUUUCGGACUUGAUCGACGACUUCAACCAUUAUUGCAUAACAAUGGGAGAGCCCGGGAUAAAAUGGAAUUGGCAUAUCGGGAAACUAAAAUCGUUCUUUCGUUCGUCACUUAUGCGAAUCCUGGAAAGGCGCUCAGUUCUCUUAUUCAUUGAUGCACUUGACGAGUGCGGGGAAGAAUCUGCUGUCGAGCUUAUAGAAUACCUUACGGAUUUGCUGUCGGACUGCAAAAAUAUGAAGUUCACAUUUGGUGUCAUCUUCUCAUGCCGUCAUUUCCCCAUCAUCGAGAUCAAGAAUGGGUGGACGAUAGUGCCUGAGGAGGAGAAUGAUGUAGACAUCGACACCUAUGUUCAACGCAAAAUCACGGCAGAUCAGAACUCUUCUAUCCAAAGCCUGAUUACCAGCCGGGCUCAAGGAGUCUUCAUGUGGGCCCGCAUUGUCGUGGACCAAGUUAACCGCAUGAAGCGUCGAGGCGAACCCGCAGGUGAAAUUGAGCGUGAAAUCAAGCGGACACCCAAGGAAUUAAACGCCCUUUACGAUGAACUUCUUCGGAAUGUAGAAGACUCAGAAGUAACCAUUAGGUUAAUGCAAUGGGUCUGUUUUUCUACCAGACCUUUGACAACCUACGAACUGCCGUGGGCCAUGGCGAUUGACCCUUACAAUUCAGACCAAACACUCGGCAGUUGCCAACAAUCAGACGAGUUCAUUACUGAAGACAAAAUGUUUAAUAGGAUUACUUCGCUGAGCUGCGGUCUUGCUGAGAUAGUCCCGGGCGAAGGACUUUCUGGCGGUUUAGGCAUCAUCCAGUUCAUUCAUCAAUCAGUAAAAGAUCACAUGGUCGAACAAGGAUUGUCGCGUCUGAACCGUACCGAAAGUAUAGACGGCUUGUUAGCACCCAACACUAACGGCCUCCUAUGUUUGAUUUGUAUUGGUUAUUUCAAUAUGAUCAUGUCUUCUCGUCUUGGACCUUUUGAUAAGGACUAUGCUACCAAAUUCCCUUUCUUGGAAUAUGCAACCACAUCAAUUGUGCCCCACUUAAAGUUUAGUGAGUCAGGAGUUAUUAGCCCAGAGGUCUUCCUGAAAGCUCUCCAUUGGCCAUCAAACUCUUUGGUUGAAUUAUGGGUCUCUGCAAACAACAAUACCAAGAAGGAUCUGCGGGAACGACUUGAAGAUGGUGCUAAUCUUGUACACAUAACAGCUAAAUUUGAGCUGGUAAAUCUAUUAUCUGAAAUACUUUUGGGCGAUUGUGAGGUUAGCAUCGAUUAUAAAGAUAACAGUGGUCGAACACCCCUAUUUUACGCGGCUGGGGAGGGAAAUGAGAAGACUAUGAGGGCUCUCCUAGAGACAGGCAAGGUUGAUGCCGACUCUAGAGAUAACGAAGGCCGAACGCCACUAUCAUGGGCAGCUCAAGGGGGCCUUGAAGCGGUUGUUAAGGCUCUCCUAGAGACAGGCAAGGUUGAUGCCGACUCUAGAGAUAACGACGGCCAAACGCCACUAUCAUGGGCAGCUAUAGUAGGCCACGAAGCAGUUGUUCAGACUCUGCUAGUGACAGGCAAGGUUGAUGCCGACUCUAGAGAAAACGAAGGCCGAACGCCACUAUCAUGGGCAGCUCAAGGGGGCUUUGAAGCGGUUGUUAAGACUCUCCUAGAGACAGGCAAGGUUAAUGCCGACUCUAGAGAUAACGACGGCCGAACGCCACUAUCAUUAGCAGCUGAAGAGGGCCAUGAAGCGGUUGUUAAGACUCUCCUAGAGACAAGCAAGGUUGAUGUCAACUCUAGAGAUAACGGCGACCAAACGCCACUGUCAUUAGCAGCUGAAGAGGGCCAUGAAGCGGUUGUUAAGACUCUCCUAGAGACAGGCAAGGUUAAUGCCGACUCUAGAGAUAACGGCGGCCAAACGCCACUAUCAUGGGCAGCUAUAAUGGGCCACGAAGCGGUUGUUAAGGCUCUCCUAGAGACAGGCAAGGUUGAUGUCAACUCUAGAGAUAGCGGCGGCCAAACGCCACUGUCAUGGGCAGCUAUAAUGGGCCACGAAGCGGUUGUUAAGACUCUCCUAGAGAAAGACAAGGUUAAUAUAGAUUCAAAGGAUAAAAAAAAUCGGACACCACUGUUAUGGGCAUCUAGGAACGGGUAUCAAAUGGUCGUUGAGGUACUUUUAGAAACAGGCAGGGUCGACAUUGAAUCUAGGGAUACAAUCUACGGCCAAACACCAUUAUCCUGGGCGGCUGAAAAUGGCCAUGAAGCAGUUGUUAAAACUCUACUAGGGACAGGCAUAGCGAACGUCGAAUCAAAAGACUACGACGGUCGAACGCCACUGUUAUGGGCAGCCAUAAACGGGCAUCAAACAGUCGUGGAAAUACUGUUAGAAACAGGCAAGGCUGAAAUUGAACUGAGAGACGACAUGGGUCGAACGUCUUUAUCUUGGGCAUCCGCGAAAGGUCACGAAGAGACAGUAUUAACAUUGGUCAACACACGAAACAUCAACAUCAACUCUGAAGAUACUGACGGUUUUACACCACUGAUGUGGGCAGGGUGGAAAUGUCACAAGGAGGUUUUCCGUAUUCUCUUUCGAGCCGAACGAUUCCCAGAACGCACGUACACCGAUGGAGUAUGUUUCCAGGCUUCCAGAUUCAUGUCAAUGGAUGAAUUGGAUAAGUUUGCAUUUGAAAUUGGCUAUGACUUUGACGACGACUUCUUCGGCUUGAAGUGGCUGUUCGGGAUUUCAGGGGAUGUUGUCAGAGAUAGGAGGGUUGGCACGAAGUGA